AUGAUCUACGCUGGAUCUCAGGGAACAGUGGCAGGAGGUUUACAAAGUGGCCGCUACCUCGCGCGACUGCUGGAUGACGGUGGCGUGCUCUCUGUGGCAGCACAUAACUUGGCUUCUGCCGGGCGAGCCCGGCUUCCCUGGCUGUCCAACAUGCUUAUGGGUCUGUUCUUCCGUUGGCGGCUUCUAUCGUUGACAUCGUUGCUGCGCAUCAGUCCUGCAGCAUUGCCUGCGCCACCUCCUGCAUCUCGCGAUUGGAUCUGCAUGUUGGACGGGGUGCGCUUGCGCCAAUCGGUGGAGCGUACUUCUCCGGCUGUUGGUCACCGUUUGACUAUCGGUACAGUGGUCCAUCAAGAAGGGCCGCCGCUAUUUCAGGGUGGUGUUGUUCGUAUGUGUGUCAGCAUAGGCAGCUUGCGCGGCUAUUGUACAGUCGACGCAACAGCUGCAGGAGGGCCUGUGAUCUUGCGUCAGCUCACUGCUUAG